AUGGCGUCUGUGUUAUCGUCAUUUUUCUCAAGAGAUCCAAAAGCAAGUUUCGCCUAUGAAUUGCCUCAAAUAAGUUUUCAUACAGCGAAAGGGAUUUCAAUGGGUAAAUCAUUCAAAAAGAGUGAACCAUCCGAGAAGGUGACAUGUUUUUGGGAGACAUUGGAUCAGUCUGGUUCAACUGAGUCACUGCUGAAACAACAAGCCCACAAACUUAAAACAAUGCGACAUCCGAAUGUUCUAACGUAUUUGGACAGUAUCGAGGUUGACAACACGUUUUAUUUGAUCACUGAGAGCUGUGUUCCACUGAGUACCUAUAUUUCUGAAUCAGAAUGGACUGCCGCCCAGAAGGAAUUCGUCGUUUCGUGGGGUCUUUUCCAAGUGUUGAGCUGUUUAAAAUUUUUGCAUCGUGAAGCAAAAUUGAGUCAUGACAAUUUACAAUGUUCUGUUUAUGUGACAGAUGCGGGUGACUGGAAAUUAAGUGGCUUGCAAUAUGCGAAUUCCUUCAAUAAUGCACGAAACGAUUUGAACGCACUGUCGAUAUUGUUAUGGGAAAUAUUCAACGGUUUCAAUGAGGAGAUCACCAAGCCUGGUUCUCCAUCGAAAAUACCGCAGCGAUUCAGAGAUUUCUACAAAAAAAUUGCCAUGCCAAGCGCUGCCCGAUUGGAUGCUGAGGAGCUUCUUGCAGAGAAUCGACGUACCGGUGGUUUGUUGAAGAAUAAAUUCGUCGAUACACUCUUAUUCUUAGACGAAUUUCAACUGAAAGAUGCACAUGAUAAGCAGACCUUCUUCACAAAACUGAACGAUCAACUGCACAUAUUUCCGAAUGAUGUCGCCAAGUAUAAGAUAUUACCUCAACUGAUUCGUAGUUAUGAAUAUGGUGAUGCUGGACCGCAUAUAUUGCUACCAUUAUUCAAAUUGGGGCACUUACUCGAUGCAGACGAGUAUCAACGCACCGUUGUUCCGUGUUUAUGCAAACUGGUCUCAUCGCCCGACCGAGUCACUCGUGUCAAACUACUCGAAAAAAUCGAUCAGUUCGCUGCGCAUUUAUCACCACAAAUCGUUAACGAGAAAGUUUAUGGUAAUCUAUCGUCUGGCUUUCUGGACACAAAUCCGGCCGUACGUGAAAGUACAGUUAAGGCGAUGGUUUCAUUAGCUGACAAAUUGAACUACCAUAAUUUAAAUACGGAUUUGAUGAAAUAUUUGGCGAGAUUACAAGGGAGUGACGAUCAGCCAGGAAUUCGGACAAAUGCGACGAUAUGUCUCGGUAAGAUCGCCUGCUAUAUAGACGCGUCCCAACGGCAACGUAUUCUCAUAAACGCCUUCACGAGAUCACUGAAAGAUCCGUUCCCACCGUCGCGAAUGGCAUCAAUCCUUGCGCUGAGUGCCACCCAACAAUAUUACUCACUAAUUGAAGUUGCUACUAGAGUCGUGCCUGCAUUGGCACCGCUCACGUGUGAUCCUGAAAAACAGGUAGUUUCACUUGCUGUUUGUGACUUUAUUUCAUUUGUUCUUUUAUUUGAAGAUGUUUAUUUUGAUCAGUAA